CAGCUCGAGUGCCGCCGCUGGCUGCUGCUGGCAGUUUUACGCGAGGAACUCCCGAACUACUUCGGCAACCAGUUAUAACGGUCGACAUGGCGACCGAGGAAAUAAUCAAGCGUUUUCUUAAGAAAAGAUGAAGAUAGCCGAUACACGGUUUCAGGUUUCACACCAUGUGAUGAUCACCCGGGACGUGUGAACUUAUUUAAGAACUCCUGUGUAGAGAAGAUUUUUUGAUUCCAGUGGAAUCUUUCUUUCUUUCUUUUUUCCAUUUAUUAUUCCCUUUUUGUUAAAUGACACACCCAGUCGCACGCACACCCAAGAGAAAGCCCCCCACCCUUGUUUACAUGUAGAACAACCUUGCUACGAUGCCUGUACAAGCUCCACAAUGGACCGAGUUUUUACUGUGCCCCAUAUGCACCCAGACGUUCGAGGAGACGGUGCGUCGGCCCAUCAGUCUGGGUUGCGGCCACACCGUUUGCAAGAUGUGCCUCAACAAGCUGCACCGCAAGGCUUGUCCCUUUGACCAGACGGCCAUCAAUACUGACAUCGAGCAGCUGCCCGUCAACUCGGCCCUUUUACAGCUGGUCGGGGGUCAGGUGUCCAAACAGCAACCUGUGGCGCUCAUUACGUGUCCAGAGGACACCAAGCAUUAUGAUGAGGCACGGCAGUGCGUUGAGGAGCUGGCCCUCUACCUCAAACCCCUCAGCAGUGCACGAGGAGUGGGGUUAAGUAAUGCUGCUCAGAGCAUGCUGAGCCGCCCCAUGCAGAGGAAGCUGGUGACUCUGGUGCACUGUCAGCUGGUGGAAGAGGAAGGACGGGUCAGGGCCAUGCGGGCGGCCCGUUCUCUGGGCGAAAGAACUGUUACUGAGCUCAUUUUGCAGCACCAAAACCCCCAGCAGCUCUCCUCCAACCUGUGGGCUGCUGUCAGAGCCAGAGGCUGCCAGUUCCUGGGCCCCGCCAUGCAGGAGGAGGCACUAAAGCUGGUGCUGUUGGCCUUGGAAGACGGAUCCGCUCUUUCCAGGAAGGUUUUGGUCCUCUUUGUGGUCCAGAGACUAGAACCAAGAUUUCCUCAGGCCUCCAAAACCAGUAUUGGACAUGUUGUUCAGCUCCUCUACCGUGCCUCCUGCUUCAAGGUGACUAAGCGAGAUGAGGAUUCAUCACUAAUGCAGUUGAAAGAGGAGUUCCGCACAUAUGAGGCACUUCGGAGGGAACACGACUCUCAGAUUGUUCAAAUCGCAAUGGAGGGAGGCCUCCGCAUCGCCCCCGAUCAGUGGUCUUCUCUGCUGUAUGGAGACCAGUCUCAUAAAUCUCACAUGCAGUCCAUCAUUGACAAGCUGCAGACCCCGGCAUCGUUUGCUCAGAGUGUGCAGGAGCUGACCAUCGCGCUGCAGAGGACGGGUGACCCUGCCAAUCUCAACCGGCUGAGACCUCACCUCGAAUUGCUUGCUAACAUUGACCCCAGUCCAGAUGCUCCUCCUCCUACCUGGGAGCAGCUGGAGAAGGGGCUGGUGGCGGUAAAGACGGUGGUGCAUGGCCUAGUGGACUUCAUCCAGAACCACAGCAAGAAGGGUGCCGACACGCAGCAGCCACCACAGCACAGCAAAUACAAGACAUACAUGUGCAGAGAUAUGAAGCAGAAAGGAGGCUGUCCUAGAGGAGCCAGCUGCACAUUCGCCCAUUCUCAGGAGGAGCUGGAAAAGUACCGUAAAAUGAACAAACGUCUUGCUGCACGAGUGCCCUGCACCCCUGGCCUGCUUCCUGAGGAGGUGGUCCCGCUGGAGCCUGGGCGAAAGGCCUCUACGUUUACCAAUGGGGGCCCUCUUCCCCAGCUCAUCCCCAGAGGCACAGACCCCUCUACAUAUGACCUCUUACUCAAGCCCAAGAUGGAUGCCACUAGCCUGAGUGCUCCUGGGUCGCCACCCGACUCUUUGGAUAAAUCUAGCUUGGCCCUGACACCCCACCCUGUGCCUCACCCCAGGGCGGAGCACUUACCCAUGCCCAAGCAGGUGCCAGUCUUGCCCAGAGGUGCGCCACAGAUGUAUCCACAACAGCAGCCCCAGCUCUUCUAUCCAGAGCCAGCCAGACCUCCUCCCUCAGGAUCUCAGUAUGAUGCUCAGUACCCAACAGGCAACCCCUACCCGUACCAACCUCCACAGUAUGUCUCUCCCCGCUACAUCCGUAAUCCGCCUCCUCCGGGUGAGCCACCUUACCCAGAGUCCUACCCGGGAUAUGGCCCAGAUCGCCAAUAUCCGAGCCACCACUCUGGACCCCCUUUCUCUGCCCACACAUAUGCACAGCCCUCCCAUUACAGUCGCAGACACGGACACUAUCCUGCACCCCCACCUCCGUUUGCCCCGACCAGGGACGACUUGGUCAGGAUGAGCCCGGUUCCUUUGGACGUUCCCCCGGCCGCUAUGCCUCCACCUCCAGCAGGUCCUGCAGGUUCUCUGUACCACUCCCAGGAACUGUCAUCCAGAGACAGAUACCCACCUGACGAGUACUACACACACCCCAGCCAAAUGAGGUCCCACAUAGGAGUGAGUUCUGUUCUUCUCAAGGUUUUGGCAUUCACUUUCAUAGUGUUAAACAUUUGUGGAAAUGUUUUGUUUUUGGUAAAUUGUGUUUUCCUCAAAGCAGACUAUCCAUAUGGAAACCACAGCGGAUGGGGUGGAGCGUCGUACCCUCAGCACCAGAGCAUCAACUCUCAGGGACACUUCAGCGAGCGUCUGCCCGUGUCUGCCCCUGACCGCGAGCAGCUCAAGAUUGAGCUCCAGCAAGUCAACCAACAGAUCAGUCAGCAAACCCGCAGCAUGGAGGCUGCCAGUAACUCUAUGCUCCUGCAGAGGGAGGCGUGUGCGCUGGCGUCUCAGCCCGCGGCUGGAGUGAAGUGGUCUUCAGGUGGCACUGUGUCCAGUGAGCAGCUCAGCCUGGAGCUUGAUCAUGUAGAGCUGGAGAUCAAGAAGAGAACCCGUGAAAUCGCCAUGGAGAAUCAGGUGGCCCAUGAAUACAAGCUGAAGGCCACUGAGAAUGGGCAGCCUGACCGUAAAGCCCAGCUGGAGGAACUCUCUUUAGCAUUGGGUGAGGUGUCUAAUGGAUCCAGUGGCAUGAAGCCAGCCAGUAGUAUGGGAGGAUCUAUGCUGUCGCUGACCAAUAAGACGUCUUCUCUCACCCUCUGCUCCGCCGACCAAGCAGCGAGUAGCUCAGACCUUCAAAAGAAUGGUGUUGUUCACUCUUGCUCUUAAGAGUGUAUUCACACUCACAGACACACAUAUACACACACACACACACACACACACACACACACACACACACAGACAACCUCUCCAGUAGUCAAUAUUCCUUCUCGGAGGGCUUUGAAAUUGAUCUCUUGACUAAUUCGACCAGUUUCAAGAGACGCAAGAUGUGUUUUUAAUAUUCAGACGGAGCUGAAAUGAGGGACACGCAUUCACACACACACACCUGCAUGCUGCUACAUGCAUGCACCGACACAAACUUCUCUGUUGUUUUAUUUAGAAAAAUGAGCAGUAUCUGCCGUGAUAUAAAUUUUCUUUCUUUUUGUUCUGUGAAUGAGCUUUUUGUUUUAAUGACUUCUCAUCGCCUGGAAACCAGGGCAUCUGAAUAAUGCUUACUUUGUUGUUUUCCCUCUAUAUCAAGAAAGAACAGUCAACCCAAAGCUAGCACAGACAGGACGACGCAAACCAGUGGAAUCAAAGCGAGAAUCGAGC